AUGGGGGCGAGAUGUUGGGUGGUUGUGGUGGGAUGUUGGGGGGGGGGACGAUUUUGUGAGAAUCAUGGGGUUUACUAUUGGUUAUGGGGUGGGGGUGUGGAAAGGCACACCAGUGCGGGGGCGGAGGGCUCGGGACAGGCCCUGGCGUCCCCUGGUUCCUGUCUGGAGGAGUUCAGGAGCGCUCCCUUCAUCGAGUGCCACGGCAGAGGAACCUGUAAUUACUAUAGCAACAGCUACAGCUUCUGGUUGGCCAUCGUAGAGCAGAACGAGAUGUUCAGGAGACCACAGUCGGAGACGUUCAAAGCCGGAAACCUGCGCGCUCGCGUGAGCCGCUGUGUGGUGUGUAUGAAGAGGACACUCGAAAGACACGUCAGGAGAAAGCGGAGACUUGUUGACCAAACCAUCUUGAGCCAAAGGAGAAUGGAGGAAGAAGAGCAGGCUGAAGACAGUCCCCCUACUCUGCAAAUCACAGAAGACGGCCCUUCACACACAGAAUCCAGUGAUACCUCAAACCACACAACAGUCAAAGACCACUGCACACCUGAGGAGGGCGCUCCACAGAUCACAGAGCAGACCGUGACAAUCGAAGAUUUGCCAAAGACUCCUGAGAAGAGCGUCACAGGGACUUCAGUUGUGGUUCAGGGCAGCAACAAGAAUCCAGCAAGUGAAAAACUCCAGCGGGUUCGGAAAUGGAGCAUCACCACAUAUAAAUGCACGCGGCAGGCUCUGUCAGAGAAGCUGGGUCGUGGAUCCCGGACCGUGGACCUGGAGCUGGAGCCUCGUCUGGAGCUGCUCAAAGACGACCGACAGCGCUACGAUAACAUGACCAAACUCUCCCAGACACUGGCCAACCAGAUUGCUCAGCUCUCUGUUACCCAGAAGGCACUGGGGGAUGCGUUUAGCGAGCUCAGUGUCAAAUCGCCGCCUCUACAUGUGGAGUUUGGAUUGAACGCUGAGGCGCAGAGGUUUCUGUCAAAGAGUGGAGAGACACUGAGUGCGGCUAUAAACGCCUUCACCUCCGACAUGAACACACUGGUGAACAAAACCAUAGAAGACACGAUGAUCAACGCCAAACAGUACGAGGCUGUCAGGAUUGAGUAUGAUGCGUACAGAGUGGACCUAGAGGAGUUAAACCUGGGGCCACGAGACGCAGGGACGGUCCCCAAACUGGAGCAGGCGCAGAAUAGCUUCCAACUCCAGAGGGAGAAAUACCAAAGCACCAGGGAGGACCUGUCUGUCAAACUCAAACUGCUCGAGGAGAACAAGGUGAAGGUGCUCCAUAACCACCUCUGGCUCCUGCACAGUGCUGUGGCCUCUCACUGUCUGAACGGUCACCGCUUCCUCCAGAACAACAUGCUGCAGGCUCAGGCCCGGCCCAACCCCUGUGAUGACGCCCCCAGCUGGCUGGAGGAGUCAUGA